AUGCCACUCUUCAAGAAACAUCACGACGCCCCUGUCGAUACCAACUAUGCUGGGAACCCAAGUGAUCCCAAUUAUGCUGUCGCGAGUCAGUACAACCCCGAGUCAAGCACGUACCCAGGAGGGGUAGCACCUACUACCCAUUCAUCUGGAGUUGGUACAAAUAUAUCCCAGGGAAAUAAUAUGACGGGCUCCUACGAUCAGUCACUGCCCGGCCAGCAUACCGCCCACAACCAACCCACCACCGGCUAUAGUGCCCAGCCUUCCGGUGGUGCAAUGUCUUCUAACCCACCAAUUCACAACGAUGCUGGAAGAGGAGCACUGUCCUCUGAGCUUGGUCACUAUACGGGUGGCGACACAACCACGGGGAUGGGUACCACCGCUACCGGCAAUACGACCGGCCCAGGUCUGACCGGCCGUGACUAUCAAACCCCGCAUACCGGAUCACAGAACGUCCACAACACCACUUCAACUGGCAUUACUAGCACUACUGCGAAUAAUAUGUCAACCAAGGACGCAAAAUCACUGGAGAUGAAGGGCAAGGCUCAACAGCUCGCAGGAAUGUUGUUGUCUUCUGAAUCAAUGAAGGCCAAGGGAAAUGCGAAGGAACAGGAAGCCGCCGCAAUUCGCCACCACCAAAUGAAUGUGGCCGAGGCAGAGUCUCACGAGGCUCAAGCCAGGCUCGCACGUGAACGCGCGGGACAGAACCCAUACCACUAA